AAGAAGUCGAUUUUCAGGGAAAAGUCGAACUUUUGUGACGUAAAUUUGGCGUGUUAGGACCUCACCUGUCCUGACCCACCUGGAGAGGUUCCGGAAACUGUUCGGCCCGUGCAGCCGCGUGUCUUCGUCCGUGGACGCGAUGUUGAGCGCCCCCGCGGCAGACCGGAACAAGGAGCCCAUCCUGGAGGUUCUGCGGCACAGCGUGCCCUCCGACCGACCGCUGCACGCGCUGGAAAUCUCCUCCGGUACCGGACAGCACGUGACCCACUUCGCACGAGCUUUGCGGAACAUCAUCUGGCAGCCCACCGAGUACGAGCGCGAGUCCCUGAGCAGCAUCGAAGCGUACAGAGCUCACUACCAGCUGGACAAUGUGAUGCCGGCCGUCUUCCUGGAUGCAUCUCUUCCCCAUCAGAGCUGGGCCGGGAUCCGGCCGGAAAGCCUGGAUCUGAUUCUCAACAUCAACAUGAUGCACAUCUCUCCCCUGGCCUGUACUGAGGGUUUAUUCAGAGGCGCCGGAGCCGUGCUGAAGCUGCAGGGUCUGCUGUUGACGUACGGGCCGUACGCAGUGAACGGGCAGAUCAGCCCCCAAAGCAACAUAGAGUUUGACCGCAGUCUGCGGCAGAGGAAUCCAGAAUGGGGACUCAGGGACAUCUCCCUGCUCCGCUCUUUGGCGCAGAAAAACGGUUUGUUCCUGGAGAAGACGGUGGACAUGCCAGCAAACAACAAAUGUCUACUCUUCAGGAAGGAGAGCGUGGUGUGAGCGUGUUUAGGUCUCUGCUGGAGCUUCCUUCUUCUCCUCUAUCACAUCAGCCUGUGUGGUUCUGCUCUGAUGACCUGCUUUGGACAGAAAGGCUGCAGUUAUUUGGUCUGACUGUGCCAAUGAGAGAACUAAGGUCACAACAACACUGUCUGGUUUAAUGGAUUACAGUAGAUUAUUUGGCAGAAGUGCUUUGCAGAGAGAAUUUAGAAAACAAACGCAUGAAAUCAAGAAAUUUCGUUUAAAAUCUCUUUUGUAAAGCAAGAACUUAAGUGAAGAGCAAAGACUAAAUGUAACAUAAAGCUACUGCUGGGCUGCUUCUUUCCUUUUUACAGUGCAAACACAUUUAGAUCACCAUGUAAAAGUACAUUUAAAGCAGUUUCUAUCACAGGUAUAAAUCGAGCCACGUGACAAAACAAAUGUGGAAAAGUUUGGCGGGGGGGGGUUAUUUUUUUCCAUUAAGUCAAAUGAAAACUACAUGUUCAAGUCACGAGUGGUAAUCUGGGCUCACAAUAACCAUGGUAACCAUGAUCCUGUCCAACAAUAGUUCCCUUUUGAAGACAGCUCAUUCUGUUGAAAAAAAAGGAUAACAUUUCUCUGUUUUAAACAUUUGUUUCCUUUGUUCUUUCAGAGAUUAGAUAUAAAAUCUUUUUUUUUUUUUGUUAAAUGUUCCAUCUUUCUCAGACAUUUACAAGAAUUUAAGACAAAUGGUUAUUAGCCAAUACUUUGGUUUAACUGAAUAAUUUGUUUAAAGUUCCAUAAAAAAAAACUUGAGAAUUCUGAUGGGUAUCUUAAAUCAGGGUAUCUAAUAAAAAGAAAUGCAUAUUAAUUUGUUAGUAAUGAAUUAAAGUUUGACUAAAGUGAUUUAUAAUCUAUAUUUGUUAAUCCUAUAUAACUAUUUGUAUUUGAUAAAUGCAUUUCGGAGACUCCUAUCUCAUUAGCAAGAUCAAAACCUUUCUCAAGAACCCAUCGUCUAACCUUGGCCCUGUACUGCAUCAUGAUUCCACUAGGGGCAGUAGAAGGGCUUCUCUUAAAAAUGACCAUGAAAAUUUCCAUGAAAAAACACUUUUGGCGGGAAAGGUUUUGCUAAUUUUCAAAACCUAAUGGUGAGAAAAACUUUUCUAUUAGAUUUUAAAUGACUCCUUGCUGCAUUGAGAAGUUACAAAGUAUUAAAUUUGAGACGGUGGAUAAAAGAGGGGCUUCUUUAAUCAAGCAGGGUUAAAAACAUUAAAUUACCAUUUAUUAGUCUGUGGCUCAUUAACCUAAAGAUGUUAAAGACCCACUCCAGGGAAAAUUGUGGGAGAAAAAGAGAACUCUUCACCAAAAGUCCCCCCCACAACUUCUGAUAAACUCCUGCCGCUCUGCAGACAUUUCUCCCAAAAAAACACAGGCGUUGGCGUAAUAAUCAAAAGACCGCUGUGAACCCUUUGCAAUCAGAUUCAAAAGAUAAUCUGAGUGGGACUUUAAGCAUUUUUACAUUAUUUUUCUUUACUUUUUAGGCUAAAUAACGUAGUUUUAAAAUUGUAACGGUUCAUCUUCUACCGUUUAUUCUCUUUGGGGGUCACGGGGCUGCUGGAGCCUAUCCUGGCCACUUCUGGGCGAAGGCAGGUGACGCCCUGGACAGGUCGCCAGUCUGUCGCAGGCUAGAGUGUCCGCACGCACACACCCACGCACUCUCACCUAGUUGACCAAUUAACCUAUGAAGCAUGUUUUGGACGUGGGAGGAAGCCGGAGAGAACCCACGCAUGCACGGGGAGAACAUGCAAACUCCACACACAAAGGUCCCCCAUUGGUGUUCUGGUUCAGCUCCCCCAGCCAGGACUUGAACCGGGGCCUUCAUGCUGUGAGGCAAGAGCGCUAACCACUGCUCCACCGUGCAGCCAUUUGUAACUGUUAUUGUUGAAAUUGCGAUGAAUAAAUGUACCAGAUGAUCGACUUUCAAGUGGGUUUUGCUAAACAAAAACAAAUAAAUGUAAUAUUUUA